AUGCGUUUGUGGUCUAAAUCCUUCUUCCUUUUAAAGUUCUCGUUCGUUUUGCUGUUGAUUCUUUUGCAGCCUGGUCAAGUUAACCCCAACAAAAAAGCGAAACCAAAGGCUCCAAUUAAGCCAGUUAUUGCUGAAAAGACUACAACAACAGUUAAUGGAACAUCAGCAGCUCAAAACGUGACUACCGAGACAACAGGGAAUACGACCAAUACAAAUCUGAAUAUAACUACCACUUCGACCACCAAAAUGGAAUCAACAUUAAAUUCAACAACUACCCAAGUUAAAAAAGAAACAACGGGGCUACCAACACAAAAACCAACAAAAAAGAUUACUUUAACGACAAAUACAACAAAGGGAAUAACAAAAGUGACGACAACGGAUACCAACAAAACAACCAAAAAUUCCCCUAAAGAAGAAAAAAAUUCUUUAAAAUAUAUAAUUAUUGUCGUAGUAAUUCUUGUAAUUUUGGGUUUCUGUUUUUGUUGUUGCUAUUGCUGUUGGGAGGAUUUAAAAAGUCUUCCAUGUAUUUCUCGUCUAAGAAAAUCUAAAAAGUUGAAGAUUAUUAGAAAGCAAACAUUCUCUGAUGAAGACCGAGACAUUACUUUUGUCUAUUUUAAAGGAGAAGAUUUUGCUAUUAAAGAAGAACCGAUAAUAAUUAAAAAACAAAUUAAGUUACCUGAAGAGGAAACUUUGAAUGAAGAAAUUGAAAAUACUAAAGGCUUAAAAGUCAACUUUACUAAUGAGCUUUUGGUUGUUUAUGAAGUUGGGAGUGAACUUGAUAUGGUUGUUGAUUCUGAAGGUAAAAAGGUGGAGUAUAGUCCUCCAAAUAGUUGGAAGAAUACAUAUCAAGGAAAGAUUAAAAGGGGGAAUUAUGAAAGUUAUACGGAAAAGAAAAGGGAAAAAACUGAAAGCGAAGAAUCAAAUGACACAAUGAGUGUAGAAUUUGAUGAUAAAUCGGUAGAAUUCGAAACAGAUAAAUCUUUAUCUGAUUUGGAAUAUCAAAAGAAGGAUAAUCCAAAGGGGGCAAAAAAAGGAGAUAAAAAGGGAACAAAAAUGAAGAAAAUGGAGAAAGAAUUGAAGAAGAAGAAAGAAGGAGGAAAUAAUAAUAAAUCUGUUGAAAUUAAGGAAGAUAAAACUACAAAAGCAACAGAAAUAUUAUUAAAAGAUGUAAAUAUUAAAGAUACGCAAAGAGAAAUGAAUGAAGCUAAUAUUGUUGAUAAUACAACUGAAGCUACUAGUGAAGAUUUAAAAAUUGAUGAAACAAAUGAGGGUGGGGAAGAUGAAAAUGGAGGAGAAGAAGGGGUUGUUGAAUCUAAUUAUAUUACAUAA